AUGGCUGCACAGGAGUUACGCUGGCUCACCUACCUGCUGACCGACCUGGGAGAGCGGCCUCGUUCUCCUCCAGUGCUGUACGUCGACAACAAGGCAGCCAUUGCCUUGUGUCAGGAGCACAGACUCGAGCAUAGAACGAAGCACAUCGCUCUGCGUUACUUCCUGGCUCGAGUGUUGCAGCAGCGGGGUCAGCUUCGUCUUGCUCACGUGGCCACUCGGGCCAACACUGCUGAUAUAUUCACCAAGGCACUUCCAUCUGGUGAUCAUCAGCGCUUUUUGAGUGGGUGUGAGGUGAGUGUGAAGGGGGGUUCAACUCCCCCCGCUGGGCUGGAUUUGAGAAGAGGGGGAGGGGAGGCUUACCCCCCCUCAGUGAGUGGGUGUGAGGGGGGUUCAACUCCCCCCGCUGGGCUGGAUUUGAGCAGAGGGGGAGGGGAGGCUUACCCCCCCUCAGUGAGUGGGUGUGAGUGCCCCUCAGUGGGUGUGUGUGAGGUGAGUGUGAGGGGGGGUUCAACUCCCCCCGCUGGGCUGGAUUUGAGAAGAGGGGGAGGGGAGGCUUACCCCCCCUCAGUGAGUGGGUGUGAGGUGAGUGUGAAGGGGGGUUCAACUCCCCCCGCUGGGCUGGAUUUGAGAUGA